AUGGAAGAAGCCGUAUCUGUCAAAAACGAGGGCAAAAAUUUUGAUAUCAAGCAAGAAAAGCAGGAAAAUGUUGAUAGCUAUAAGUAUGAGUUUGACUCGGGAAGUCAAGAUAGUAGCAAAAGUGGUAGUGGCGGAUAUCAACGUUGGGCGCCUAAUUUUAACGGCAUUAGAAAAAGUGCAUUUACGCCUUACAAACCAGUUCAGUGUACAGCGUUAACAAAUUUACAAAGAGGUAAUACGCAGGCGCGAGUCCCGGAGUUACCCCAGCCAGAUAGUAGUUUACACGCUAAGGCUGGCCGCGGUGAAAUAACUCGUGACGACGUGAAACUGGAGCAGUAUGUUGACAUCACUGAUGAGCAUGGUCUUACAGCCCUGCACUGGGCAGCCAGCUACGGACAGUUAAACAGUUGUCAAGACUUAGUAUGGUGUGGUGCCAAUGUUAACAUGCGGGGCCCUGAAGGAGAGACGGCACUACACCUGGCAGCAGCUGGUGGGCACCAUGAGGUUGUGAAGUUUCUUUUGAAUGAAGGAGCUGAUGCAGACAUACAAGAUGAUUCUGGUAGCACAGCAUUAAUGUAUGCUGCAGCAGCUGACUUCCCUUACACUUGCAAUGAGCUCCUGAUUAGGGGAGCUGAUCUCACCCUUACCAAUGAUUAUAACCAAGAUGCUUACACCUUGACUACUACCAAUAACUGCAAACUUGCACAAACUGUGAUAGAGAACUUUUUGAUUGGCUGCCUCAGCAAAAUGUGA